AUGCACGCGCCGCGCUGGCUUCUCGCAACGAUCCCGCUGGUCGCGUUUGCGUCCGGGCAGAAGUGCUACUGGCCCGACGGCGGAGAGGCGACGUCGGUCGUGGCAUGUCCUGUGGCCGGCGGCACCGAAGCGGCAUCGUGCUGCUUCCGGAACCACUAUUGUAUGAGCAACGGCCUCUGCUUUUCCAAGAGCGAGUUGAGUUUCUACCGUGGCGCCUGUACGGACCAGGACUGGACGACAAGCGGUUGCCCCAAGUACUGCGACAAGGAAGACAUCGAACGCAAACGAAAAAAGUGGACGCGAUGGCUGACGGUCCGCUUCGCAGUUCCCGGCCGCCACGCCGGCAUUGCAAAAUGCGAGGAAAACAAGUAUGCUUGCCAAAGAACGAGCAACUGCGCAAACUACACUUUCGGGGUACCUGCGGGAGUGAUGCUGCUCAACCAGUACUUGCAAUCAGACAUCGGCGAGUCUGCGACACCAACAGCAACGGCGGCGGUGAGUAGCACUACCGGCGAAGCCAGCGCUGCGACAUGCCCAUCGACAACGACGGCGACGGCGGCGGCCAGCAGCGGAAUCUCAACGGGCGCGGCGGCGGGCAUUGGCGUGGGCAUCGGUGCUCCGAUGGCUCUUGCAAUUGGAGUUCUCACGGUCUUGCUCUUGCGCGAGAAGAAGAAGACGAGGGCGGCGUUGUCGGCGCAGACACCCGCCGGAACCGCGCCGACGUCGCCGUGGGCCAAGUCGGAACGGACAGCGUACGCGCCUGUCGAGAUCCAGACGCAGACUCAGCCGCCCGAACUACCCAGCAACCACCAAGGCAGACACGAGCUCUCUUGA